UUGAAAUAGAAACGUCUCACAGUGUCAAGUCGCACCUUUGCCGAUAAUAUUAAUAUUAAGUUUACAUUUGUAAAGAAAAAAAAAGUUAUUUAAUUAAAAGUAGCAAUGGAUUCUGAUGCCGAGGACCUAAAGAGUGGGGAGAGUUCCUCGAUAAUAAUGGAGCAAGGUGAUGAUAAAGGCGAUGCUUCAUCACAGGCAAAUCACAAGAAGAAGACUGGAUCGUGGAUAUUCGAAACAGUUGGCGGCUAUUACUUGCCCAAAGAGAACUUGAGCAAACUCUCAGCCAAGGAGCAGGAGCAGCUGCUCAUCAGAGACUUGAUCUACGCUUUCUCAGGUGUGCCCGCAUCACACAUACGACCCGACUUACCGAUCGACAUGAUCAGUCUGCUGAAAACAGCUCAGAUCGAUGAGGUGCGCUUCAAGAUCGACGAGAACUUUAGCGGCGCCUUUCGAGCGUUGGGCAAUGAGUUGCUGCCCCUUAUUGGAUACUACAUCAAUGUGCAGAGUUUCAUCGAGGACACGGUGAUGUCGAAGAGUUGUUAUCGUACUUUAGGCGUUGCACUGCAUCGCAACAUACAAUCGUACUUUGAACUGUUGUCCACGCUGGAGACGCAGCUGCAGCAGCAGAAACUCAAUCUGCAGCAGCUGGUGAAACAAUUGCGUCCUUGGGUGAGCAAUCUCCAGUCGUUGGCCAGUGUGACCAGCCACGCUAGGCGCAGCGAGUGCUCGAUUGCAGCGCUGCUCUCGAUGAUGUACGAACAGCAGCAGCAUUUUAAGAGCAGCGCUUUGAAGCAAGUGCUGACUGCCGUGUCGGAUUAUUACAUGAAGAUGGUGCAACUGUGGACACAGAAGGGUGUGCUGUACGAUGUGCGUGGCGACUUUUUUGUGGAGGACACACAUGCCACAGCGAUGAGCAGCACUUUGUUGUCACCGAAGCAAUGUUGCCACGCGUUUUGGCAGCAACGCUACAAGCUGCACUUGCAACGUUUGCCCAGUUUCCUCGAGCCGCAGAGUGAGAAAAUCUUUCUGGCCGGCAAGUAUCUGAAUGUGUUACGUCAGUGCAACGUGCAGAUGCAACUGAUGCAGAUGCCGCUGAGCUAUGUUUUCGGCGAUGAGGCACAUGUUGAGUUUAUACGCAGCAGCUACGAGUUGCCAGCGCGAAAGUUGCUCGACAUACUCAAGGAUCAAGGACAAUUGCAGCAACAUUUGAGCAAUCUCUUGGAUUACGUGCUGUUGCAACAAAAUCAAUUUGUGGAGUCGCUGCUGGAAAAGUGUGCGGAGCAGUUGCAACGUCCUGUGGAUAGUUUGGUGCCGGAGAAGUUGCAGAAGCUGUUGCUGGAGACACUGCAGAGCAGCUCGAAUCCUUAUAAGCACAUGUUGCAGCUGCAGCUGAUGGAUUGCGAUGUGGUUGCUCAGCUGGAGCAUCGCGAGCAGCAGGAAAAAUCAAGCGAUGAGCUGACCAGCGAGGAGGAUCAGCUGCCUGAACCUUUGAACAUUACUGGCUACGAAAGCAUCUCUUUGCGUUAUACUCCAAAUUGGCCGAUUAGUUUGGUGUUGCACGAAGAGUCGCUGCAACAGCUGCAGCUAGUGCAACGCGUGCUGUUCUUGCUGCGUUACGUGCAACAUCACUUACAAAGCAUCACCUACAACUUAUCCAAGUGGAAUCCACUUGCUGCGGAGCUGCGCGAUCGCAUGAAUGAAACCAUCAAGCAAGUAGAGCAGCAUUUGCUCUUAGAUGUGUUGGAACCACGUUGGCAACGCUUGCUUCAAGCUGUGGAAAAGGCUCAAUUGGUGGAUGAUGUCAUUAGAAGAUUCGAAUUGACUGUGAAGCAAUGUGUGCAACUUUGUCUGCUCUCUGAGCCCGUGUCCUUUGUGCGUUCGCUUUUUACGUUGGGGCAAAUGUGCCUCAACUUUUGUGGCUUCAUUGAGCAACCAACUGAAGCAGAAUUCGAUGCUGGACUCUUUGAAUAUGAUGGUGAAUUUACUAGCUUGCUGCAGAGCCUGCUAAAUGUUAUUGAGCAUUUGGCAAACUCAAGUCAAACUGACGAUAAUGAGCGAGAGUCCUGCAAGCAGCUGCUCGAUCGUAUUAAAUUCGAUCGCAGAAGCCCAAAGAUAAAGCUUAAUUAGUUGCAAGUUUUUAUUUUCUAUUUUAAUUGCUAAACAGUUGAAGUCGCUUUAGGUCAAAUUGAUUGUUCUCCAAAAUUCAUUAGCUUUAAAGUAGUGCAAACUUCUGAAAAAAAUUUGCGUUUAUGUAUAU